GGCUCCCGCACAAUUCAUUUGACAUUACCCCGUCAACGCAAGCUGCAUCAUGCCUCCCAAAACUUCAGGAAAGGCUGCCAAGAAAGCUGGAAAAGCCCAGAAAGCAAUUGCAAAGGGCGACAAGAAGAAGAAGCGCAGGAGGAAGGAGAGCUACAGUAUCUACAUCUACAAGGUGCUGAAGCAAGUCCAUCCUGAUACUGGCAUCUCGUCCAAAGCAAUGUCGAUCAUGAAUUCAUUUGUGAACGACAUCUUUGAGCGCAUUGCAGCUGAAGCUUCUCGCCUAGCUCACUACAACAAGCGUUCUACCAUUACUAGUCGCGAAAUCCAGACAGCAGUAAGGCUCUUGCUACCUGGAGAACUGGCUAAGCACGCUGUUUCUGAGGGCACCAAGGCUGUAACCAAAUACACCUCCUCUAAGUAAAUGGCAGAAUGCACUCUCAAAGAAGGAAAAAAUUAGGCUCCAUUGGAGCCAC